AUCUUGGCUGGAUGCUAGCUGGCUAGCUAACGGUCUGUCAAGUCGCACACAUUGGGCUAGAAGGCGGAAGAAGCGCAGCGGUGGAGAAGAAGAAGGGCGACUCAAGCGCCGCUACGAAAUGGCCGGGCAGCAGUUCCAGUACGAUGACAGCGGCAAUACCUUUUUCUACUUCCUCACGUCCUUCGUCGGUCUUAUUGUGAUCCCGGCUACAUAUUACCUCUGGCCCCGGGAUCAGAAUGCUGAGCAACUGCGUCUGAAAAGCCUGAGGAGGGUACAUGGCCGGUGUCUGUGGUACCAGCUCAGGCUGAUGAAGUCGCAGCAGAGCAUCGUCCCAACACUAAAGAAAGCGGCCUUGUUGUUCGGCUGGGCUGUGUUCCUGCUGCUAGCCUACAAGGUGUCCAAGCUGGACAGAGAGUACCAGGAGUACAAUCCAUAUGAAGUCCUCAACUUGGACCCGGGUGCAUUGCUGUCAGAAAUCAAGAAGCAAUACCGUGUGCUGUCCCUCAAGUACCAUCCUGACAAAGGUGGUGAUGAGGCCACGUUCAUGAGGAUUGCCAAAGCCUAUGCUGCUCUGACCAAUGAACAGUCUCGACAGAAUUGGGAACAAUACGGUAACCCAGAUGGUCCAGGAGCAACCAGCUUCGGUAUCGCCCUGCCGGCCUGGAUUGUUGACCAGAAGAACUCAAUGCUGGUGCUGUUGGUAUAUGGACUAGCCUUUAUGGUCAUCCUUCCUGUGGUUGUGGGCACAUGGUGGUACCGCUCCAUCCGAUACAGCGGGGACCAGAUUCUCAUCAACACCACUCAGCUCUUCAUGCAUUUCAUGUACAAGACGCCCAACAUGAACAUGAAGCGGUUGGCGAUGGUGUUGACAGCAGCGUUUGAGUUUGACCCUCGCAGCAAUAAAGACGCCACCAUACGACCAACGGACAACAUCGAGGUGCCACAGUUGAUACGUGAGUUGGGAAAUAUCAACGUGAAGAAGAAGGAGCCUCCAUUCUGCUAUCCUUACAGUUUGAAGGCCAGAGUCUUAGUGCUUGCCCACCUGGCACGCAUGGACGUAUCAGAUGAGUUGGAGGAAGAUCAGAGGUUUGUGGUGAGGAAGAGCCCAGCUCUGCUGCAGGAAAUGAUCAACGUGGGCUGUCAGCUUACCAUGAUGGCCAACAGCAGAGGAGGUUUCCAUGCUCCUCGACUGGUCACCAUAGAGAACUGUAUGAAGCUGACCCAGAUGAUAGUGCAGGGUCUGCAGGAGUCAAAGUCACCGCUGUUACAGCUGCCCCACUUUGAGGAGGAGCACCUCCGCUACUGCAUCUCUAAGAAGUAUAAAGUUCGGAGCCUCCAGGACCUGGUGAGUCUCAAGGACUCCGACAGACGCAGCAUGCUGCGUUUCUUGGGGGAGGAGAAGUACGAUGAGGUCAUCGCUGUGCUGGGCAGCUUCCCUCACAUCACCAUGGACACCAAACUGCAGGUCCUUGACGAUGAAGACAGCAAUAACAUCACAGCAGGGUCUAUUGUCACAGUAACUGUCACUCUAACAAGAAAACGGAUGUCGGAGGUGUUUGAAAAGGAACAGGACUCCACACCUUGUCUAUCAGAGGAGGCUGCCGCCGCUGCAGAGGAAGCUGGAGAGUCGAGUAAAACCAAAACAAAAGUGUGGCAGAACAAGAAUAAAGCUGCUAAAAAGACAGCCAAGUCAAAGAAGAAAAAAUUAACCAAGAAGAAGGCCACUCCUGCACCUGCUAAAGCCAAGCAGGCCAAUGGCAACGUGGCAGGAAAUGAAGUCGCAACAACAGCAACAGCAGCAGCAACAGCAGCAGCAGUUGUAGUGAAGGAGGAAGAGGAGGAGGCCUCAGACAAAGGCAGCGAGUCGGACGAGGCCGAGGCCGAAGCCAACAAGGACUCUCCCAGCGAGAGAGACGAAGACAGCGACAAGCAGAGUGACACAGAGGUGGACGAGAUGGCUGGCGACGAUGAAGAGGAGUGGGAGGCGUUGCAGCAAAGCAUCCAGCGGCGGGAGCGGGCUCUGCUGGAGACCAAGUCGAAGGUGACGCACCCCGUCUACAGCCUCUACUUCCCCGAGGAGAAGCACGAGUGGUGGUGGCUCUACAUCGCCGACCGCCGGGAUCAGACCCUCGUCUCCAUGCCCUACCACGUGUGCACGUUAAAAGACACGGAAGAGGUGGGUGUGCCGUUUGAGUUUGGAUAACACGCAGGUGGCAAGCUAAUGCCUUUACAGUACGACUCUGAGGAGAAUAUCAUAUGCCAUUUUAAGAUGAGAUGAGAUAAGAUAAUCCUUUAUUAGUCCCGCAGCGGGGACAUUUACAGGAUUACAGCAGCAUAG